UCCUGCCUAAUUUGCUCCUCACAACCGCUUUUGUCCCCAGCCGAGAACAUGCCCUUCGUGAAGCACCCGGCGGCCGCCGAGCCCCGCUGGCACGAGUGGGACAGGAAAGCCCAGAAGAGCGGGCUGAGGCACACGGUGUUCGCCGUGACCGGGGAUCGGUACACCGGAGAAUGGCUGGACAACCUGCGGCACGGUAAAGGCACGCAGAUAUGGAAACGCACGGGAGCCGUCUACAGCGGCGACUGGAAGUUUGGGAAGCGGGAUGGUUACGGCUCGUACAGCAUUCCCGACCCCGUCACCAAGGAAUACAAGAAAGUGUAUACGGGCUGGUGGAAAAACGACAAAAAAUGCGGCUGCGGGACGAGGCUCUACGGCGGCGGGGAGCGCUACGAGGGCGAGUGGAGCGGCGGGCAGCGCAGCGGCUGGGGCCGCCUCUACCGCCGCGACGGCUGCGUCUACGAGGGGCAGUGGCGGCGGGACCGGCCCUGCGGCCAGGGCAUGCUGCGCCUGCCAAACGAAAAUCGGUAUGAAGGAGGUUGGAAAGAUGGAAUGAAGCACGGACCAGGGAAAUUUUUCUACUUGGAUACGGGACAGUUGUUUGAAGGUGUCUGGGCAGCAGAUGUACCAAAAUAUGGAAUCAUGAUUGACUUUGGCAGAGAUGAAGCUCCUACCCCUACUCAGUAUCCAAUCCCUAAGAUUGAACUAGCUGAUCCAGAUGGUGUUUUAGAGGAGGCCCGAGCAAUGUUUGAUGACAGCCAAAAAUAGUACUAACUGGAUCCUGACGAAAAAAAGUAAAAAGGAUGCUAGAGGAGAGCAAAACCCUGAGUUACUCGUUUGUCUCAAAUCCACACCGCGGCAUAUCGGAUGGGGUCAGCCGCCCUCUCCCCCCUCGAGACUGCCCACCUAGGCUUCACUCUGCAGGCAGCUUUGCUCACACAUCUCCUACCAACCCCAACUAUAUGAAAAAACAGCAAAACGCUGGAAGACAAGCGCAGUGACUUGUUGCUCAGGUCCUCUAUGGUUUACUUGCUCCUCCUAUAAAGAAAUCGCGCUCCUGUUGGUUUCAAGGUCUUUCACACUGACUGCAGCUCUCCAGGGCUCUGCUUUUAUAGAGCAGAAUAGAAAUCUGCUGCUUUUCUCCAAGGCAAAUAAGCCCCUUCCCCUCCCCAAAGUAACUCAGCCCAACACACACCUGGGAACCGAGAUGCCUUUGGAGGUCGUCACAGACCACACUGCUAUUGGCAUUAACGUAACACUACUUGUUCUCUGUGCGUAUUGUGCAAAGCAAGGCUAGAUCCCGUUCCUAACCAUGCCGGGACGCAGAGCAGCAGACCUAACCCCAGCUCUGUGCCUGCACUGACCCACGAGCCAGACCCGGCCGGGCCCUGGCCCCAUGCGGACAACGCGGCCAGCAGAGCCCCUCGCUGGGGAAGUACCCCCAAGUGCCACCACCGAGUGCCACCCAUGGGCGCACCAAGGCGGUAGUGCAGCUCGCUGGCCACAGGACCUGUGGGUGAGGGUGUAACUAGCUCACCUGCUUUAAACGGCAUUUCUGAGUAUCAUGUGUCCUGUUUACAGUUCACUUGGCCCCCUGACUCCUCAUGUUUUCGCAGCUGAAAGAUAACCCACUUUCCUAUUUACACACACAGGGAGAAGAAUAACAGCACAUUUUAGCUCCAAGAUUUAAGCAGGGCUGACAGGAGGAAAAGCAUGCCAAAUACUUUAUAUUCUUUAUACCUGUCUGUGUGAGCAGGAAAUUUCAUCUUUAUACUCACGAAAUGAGUAGCUGAAUACAUUUAAGAGAUUCUCAGGAAUCCACAAUCACAAUUACCACAAUACAGGCUGAAGAAUGAGAAGGGAUGUAAAGAAAACGAAGCGUAUUUUUAGGCGUCUAGAUAACAAAUAAUCAGCAACAAUUGAGUAUAUUUUUAUUUCAUUAUUUUAAGUAUUUUAUAUCUAAAUCAGUGGUAUACAAUAACCAAGUUUAAAAUGCUUGAGGUAAAUGCUUAAUACCGUUAGUAUAAAUAAGGGAUUUAAAAGGGGGGGGGGGGG